UUGAUCCCCACGCUACUUCCUCCAUCACCCAUUUUAUUACUAUCUCGUGGAUCACUCCUGUUUCGCAGAACUGUGCCUUCGUCGAAUAAAUGUUGCUCCCGAAGAAUCGCUCUCUCCAAUAAACCAUUGAAUCGCUUGCCCCCACCAUUCUUGCUUUUACCUUCCCCUACUCCUCCUCGUCACCGAGACGCAAACCCAGUUCUGAGUCCACCUGAACGAUGACAUAGAACCCGCUCGCUCUCUCUGGUCCUGCAGAGAUCCCACAGGACUUGGAUUUCGAAGGCGUAGAUUUGGAAAGUUUCGUUGCCUUUGCUCUUUCCUAGUUGCCGAGAAUUGGUGUGACUGAUUAUUUUCUCAAGUCUUCGAGCAUCGUGUCUUCAUCUGCCAUCAAUGUUGCACCAUUGGUCAUGCCAUUAAAACCCAGGAGAGUGGCUUUGUAUGAGAUCCCCUUAAUGUUACUUCUUGUAGUAGUAGCAGGAACAACGUUGGUGGUCUCAUCAUGUGCCGUGGCAUCGUGUUCCAGAGCGCACUUCCCGAGAGAGAGAGAGAGAGAGAGAGAGAGAGAGAGGAAAUUUUCAUGUUUACCCUUCUUCCAGUCAACUAGUCAACUUGGAUCUACAUGACACUGGGCAAAGUUCACGGUCAAACUUGGGUAUUUAACCGCAGGGUAUGCUUCAAUUCAAUUAUUGUAGGGGCAAAAAUACUUUUAAGAUAUUUCAAAAACAAAAAUGUAUCUUUAUCUAUUAAAAUAAAUGAAAUUGGUUAAAUUUCAAUCGUUAAAUUUUUAAUUCAAAGGCAGGGAUGGGAUGAGGAGUAAAAAAUGAGAGAAAAGAUGACGAGAGGAUUCACACCCAGCAAGGCAGCAAUAUUGCAUACCAAUUUUUGUCUGCUAAAAUUGAGCAUGAUUCAUUGCUCUAUUAUAUCCCAUUUUCUUUAAUUGUUCAAACUUCUUUUAUUUUUUUUUUAAAAAUUUUUAGAUGAGUUGGAUCUUAGGAUAUCACUAAGAUAAAAGCUUACUUUCAGACUCAAAAAAUAUUUAUAAAUAUAUGGAUGAUUCAUUGAGAAAAUUCUUACAUUCGGAGUAAAAUUUAAGCUCAGUUAUGAAUUAAAUUCCUAUUAGUUGAAUCAACGUGUUCAAACUUCUUUUUGACUAUGCAAGGAUUCCUCAUUUCGCAAAAAGUUUUAAUGUUAACGAGUUUUGCUCCUAGGAAGUAUGAGAAUUGAUUUUGAACUCCUGAAACCAUGGAAUUUUCGUGCAAAAUUAGUCAUGUAGAGUAACGUCGGACGAAGCCUAAAAAAUAACACCAGAAGAGAUAGGACAUUGGGCACUUGUUGACUUUUCGGAUGCCCAUUUCACUGUCACGCUCAGGGGCUGCUGAUCAUGAUUGUUUAUUGACAAGACCAUAGGCUGCUCCAUGCUGAGGAAAGUGGCCCGAAAUAUCAUCAUGCUCUUUACUAAAUGAUAGGAUUUUCAUUUGUGUUGUGCCGAGUUCCUGUAUUCUCAGCUGUCAGAACAAAGCACUGUUUAUUGGUUCCCUUAUAGCUCCCGGAUCAUCAAAGCACUGUAUUGCAAUCAUGGCUUCCACUGUUUGGACUUUCAUCUCUCCAUCACUCAUCAAUGGCAAGAAAGAAUUGAGCCUCUCUUCUUUUCCUUCAUCAUCUUCAUCAUCAUUUGCAACUGUGAAGAAGUGCAAGAAGAUCGUUUCGGUUGUGGCACCACAACAGUAUGAGCGCAAGCCUUCCACCACUGGCUCAGCCAAGAAUCCCAUGACCAUGACAGAGAAGAUAGCUAGAGCUUCUGAGAAAUGUGAAGUUAAGCCAGGGGAAAAUGUGUGGGUUAAUGCUGAUAUUUUAAUGAUCAACGAUAUUACUUGUCCUGGCAUAGCUGCAACCUUCAACAAAGAGUUUCGCCCCAUAAUGAAGGUUUGGGACCGUGAAAAGAUAGUAGUUAUUCCUGAUCACUACAUAUUCACAAAUGAUGAAAGAGCACAUCGAAAUGUGGACAUUGCAAGAGAGUUCAGCUUGGACCAAAAUAUUAAGUACUUUUAUGACAUUACCGAUCGCAGCAAUUUUAGGGCCAACCCUGAUUAUAAAGGUGUUUGCCAUAUUGCUCUUGCCCAGGAAGGUCAUUGCAGACCUGGAGAGGUCUUGUUUGGCACAGAUUCUCACACCACAUCUGCUGGAGCAUUUGGCCAAUUUGCUACUGGCGUUGGUAAUACUGAUGCAGCCUUUAUAUUGGGAACGGGGAAGCUCUUACUCAAGGUUCCUCCAACUUUGAGAUUUGUGCUAGAUGGUGAAAUGCCCAGCUAUUUGCUUGCAAAGGAUUUAAUUUUGCAUAUCAUUGGUGAAAUAUCAAUGUCUGGUGCAACAUAUAAAGCCAUGGAGUUUGUGGGGACCACGAUUGAAAAUUUAAGCAUUGAAGAAAGGAUGACAAUAUGCAACAUGGUUAUAGAAGCAGGCGGCAAAAAUGGUGUUGUUCCUGCUGAUGGGACCACAUACAAAUACCUUGAGGAUAAGACAUCUGCUGCCUAUGAACCAGUUUAUAGCGAUGAGAAAGCAAGAUUUCUAAACGAGUACAGAUUUGAUGUAUCAAAGUUGGAACCGUUGGUGGCAAAGCCUCAUACUCCAGAUAACCGUGCUUUGGCAAGAGAAUGCAGAGAUGUGAAAAUUGACAGGGUCUAUAUUGGAUCAUGUACGGGUGGAAAGACUGAAGAUUUUAUGGCUGCAGCAAAAGUUUUUUUAGCUGCUGGGAAAGAAGUCGAAGUUUCCACUUUUCUUGUCCCUGCUACGCAAAAGGUUUGGAUGGACUUGUACACUGUUGAGGUACCUGGCAGUGGUGGCAAGACUUGUUCUCAGAUUUUUGAAGAAGUUGGUUGUGAUACACCUGCGAGUCCUAGUUGUGCUGCCUGUAUGGGUGGCCCAAGAGACACCUAUGGACGUUUGAAUAAACCCCUGGUUUGUGUGUCAACAACAAAUAGAAACUUUCCAGGUAGAAUGGGGCACAAGGAAGGACAGAUAUAUCUUGCUUCCCCAUACACUGCUGCAGCAUCUGCAUUAACUGGUUUUGUAACUGAUCCAAGGGACUUCUUGCAGUAAGUUAGUGAGCGUGAAGUUGGUCGUGGCUUGUUAUGCACUGAGGAUCAGGUUUUGAAUAGUUAUAAUGAUGAAUAUGUCUGGGACUUGUCAAGGAGUAAUAGUUUACUUGGAGGUUAGAGCAAGUUUAUGGUUGGAUCACACGCGUAUAAUAUAAAGAUACAUGAAUGUGUGUUGUAAUGUAUUCAUGUGUCUAUAAGAAAUAUGAUUCGUAUAGUCUGUUAGCUUAUAGGGUGUGGACACGUGGAGGGUUAUAUUGUUACCUGUUGUGACUAAUUUCAGUUAACA